CUUAUAUGCCCUGGGUAUGGCAUCAGCCUAAUACAAAUUUAUAAACAGUUAUAUGAAUUCAAACAUUUUAAUAGUUCCUCCUCUGUCCUGUCUUUUUGGAGUAUGUGCAGUUGUCCUAGUGGUGGUCAUUUGUUACUUUUCAAAAUUGAAAAGCUUUCCAUUCUUUCAUUGAUUAAAUGUUAAUAUUACAACAACUCUUCAGCAACAUUGGUAUCACAACACAACAUUCACAAUUAAAAGAACUCUGAACUUUAGCAAAGCUUCUUUUACAAAAGUCAACAUUAUAAAACACCUAGUAUUUACUCUAACAAUUGCGACUGCCAACACUGUAAUAUUCAUCGCGAAGGUGCUGUGGUCUGAUGGUUUCUUCUAGAUAGAGAACCUGUCCUCUCAGCCUGUCUGUCCCCUGAGCCAUCAAACAAUGAUGCGUUCCCUUCCUCUUCUCCCAUUCCUGCAGGGCUCCAUUGCACCUGGUGAGAAGCAAGUGCUGAAAUUCUCUUACAUGCCAGGAUUACCAGGAGCCUUCAGCAGGAUUUACCAACUUAAAGUGGGUGACCUGGAGCCGGAAAAGAUCUGUCUGAAAGGAGAAGCGUCCUUUCCCAUGAUCAGUGUCAACCUGCCCUGGAACAUCAAAGGCGAUGAAAAAUAUGAGAAGCCACUGCAACAGCUUGUAAAACACAUGAAACAAGAUAGUGAGAGCAAUAAAUCAGUUGUUGGGAAGAAGAAUCAGAGCCCAAAGACUGAGACUUUGAAGUCUCAGACCCCAACGACUCAGACCACAAAAAUUCAGACAUCAAAGCCUCCGACUGUGAAAAUUCAGACCCCAAAGACUCAGACCUUGAAGACUUGGAAGCCAAAGACUAGGAACCUGAAGUUACUUCUGCCUGGCUCUGGCAUUGUAUCAAAGCCUCAGCUGCAGAUGAAGAUGGUGAGCAUGCUGAUAGAGAAGGCUGCUCUGGAUCUGCAGAAAAAUCUCAAAUCCCAUUCCCCGAAGACCAAGUUCCCUGACAAGCAGCUGCGCCAGAGCCUUGUUGAAGUUGAGCUGCCCGAGUAUGUCCUGGACAUGGGCACUGUCCUGAAGGGUUUCACUGAGAGACGCACUCUGCAGAUCACCAACCCUGGGCAGAUCCCAGUGUCCUUCCAGGUCGAUGUAUCUGUCCUGCAGGACACAGGUAAGCAGUGCUGGAGACACUUCCUGUGGGCAUGAAGGAGAUGUCUCAGACAAACUAGCUUAAACCACUGAGCUUGCGGAGGUUUUUGAGCUUUUUCUUCUCAGUCCCCUUGCUGGGAGCUUCAGAGGCAGAAUUCUCCAGUCCAGCCAUGCCCAGGGACCUGGCCUGCCUACAACUGCCCUGACACUCCAGUGCACGGGCCAGAUGGGCUCAUCACCCUGGUCACCUCUCACCAUCUUCUGCCCUUGGCUCCCACAAGCAUCGAGUUUCUUUGGGCACUCUGUGAGCUUGUUUUGCAACAAGUGUUUUGUUUUGGAAAGCUGUGUUUUGGAAGUGCUUUGUUUGGAAUUCACACUGUCACAGCACUUGUAUUCAGCCUUCAUUGAGGAAACAGCCUGUGAGAUCCUCUGGUGGAUCAAAAGAGACUCCCAAAAGAGGCCUUGAGGCAAGGCUGCACUUCCAUCACACAGUGGCUCACUGUGUCCAAGGGGUGUUCAGGUGCAUUCUUUAAGUUUUUUGUCCAGGUCACAGCACAGCAUGGGGUUUUUCCCAGACCUCUCAGCCAGGACACCUGUAAGGCCUUAACAUGCUUAUGAAAC